GUGUGCUGCGUUUGCACGAAAGUAGCACCUUAUCAGUGAUAUUUCUAGCUAUAGCCAGCGACAUUGUUUUACAUUUUAAUUUGGCAACGAUUAAAUUGAUUCCUUUGAUAUAAGAAAUGGAUUAGCUAGCUUCUUAACGUUAUGUCAGGACAUAUGAUCAACAACAGCAGCAUUAAAAAAAAUAGGCCUACUUACCGUUUGCUAUUUAACGUUAACUAGCUAAACCACCAAGAUUAUCUUAUCGCAUUCACUGUCUUUUGUGUCCCGUAAAUGUUAUAUUUGUGGAUAUGACUGACAUGUCCUCAAUCGAGUGGUUUCUAGUUCUAGGAUGGUAAUUAGCAACUGUAGCCCUAGCAUGCUUUGUGGUCGUGGGCUGACGUUAGCUAGCUAUUUAGCCAAGUAGGUAACGUUAGCUAGCAAGCUGUUUUUCUUUAUCCAUGUUGAACUUCGAAGCCGUGCCAACAACACGUUUGGGUGACUAGCUGGCCCCAGACAGUGUGGCUUUGAGAUCAUGCAUGUUUCAUGCUUACAUGUCCAUGAGUAUUGUUAACGGUAGGUAGCUAGCUGACGAGCUCAUUCGACAUUGGUCAGCAAAAGGUAACGUGAACUCUUUCUUGGAAACUGCCAGACAUUUUGACAGGUCGUUCAGGUUAUUUGGGUAGCCUUUUAGUGACAGCAGUCAGCUAACGUUAGCCAUGAAGCUAUCGUUGGCUAGCUUGCAAUUCAUGACUGAGAUGCUAAGGUGUCACUGGUUUGCUCAACUGUUGCGUUAAUAAGACUUGUCUUGUUCUCUAUCUAUGCAAAGGUACCUAAACUAUAGUUUAUUGCUGCAAAUCUGGUAGAUGGAGAAGGAAAAAUAACUGGCCUUGACUGGUAGAGGAAAAAACAACUAAUGCAUUCAUGGGCUUGUCUGAAUCAGGAAGAGCAGCCAAGCCACAUUCUCAAAACAAAAUGUGGUUUUGAAAAAAACUAAACUUCUGAUGCCGAAUUUAAAAUUCACUCUUUCAGCUUUGCAGAGCUUGACCGAACGUGUUACUAUUGUGCCAAUAAAUAUUAACAGUAGAGAAACACGUUUAGUUAUCUUGUGUGCAGAUUAUCAGCCUUACCUAGGCCUCUGCCACAUCUCAAAUACAAGCAACAGAGCUUGACCUGUCAUCAAAACAACUUCCCUCAUGUACACUCUGCAUUCCUGGUGGUUAAGUUUAGCACCACACAUGCCCCAUGAGUGUGAUUGAGACAAGCCACAAUCGCACUGGGUUAAAUUAUAAUGUAUUAAAAUAGUAUUUCUAAGCCACAACUGUAGGCUACCAAAGGGGAGAGCCUAGGUGCAAUACAAAAUAAACAUUUGAAGUUUACUGUUAGGAACCUUUCUCAAACAGUUGAGUGGGUGGGGCUUUGUAAGGAGAUGGACAGGUUUCUUCCCUCUGGUUCUCCUAUCCCCAUAUGGGUGCUGUGAUCCAUGUAAACCAGAGGAAUGCACCUUUUUAAUAAAUUACCCUGCAGUGACUCUUGCGUGGUGCAAGGCCUGACCUGGCCUGCACAGCCCCCCUGCUGCUCUGUCAUUCCUCAGGAAAUGUCACCAUCAAAUGGCUGUGAUGUGUGUACCAAAUGGCACCCUAAUGCCUAUGUAGUGCACUGAUUAGGGUGCCAUUUGGGAUGCAUUAACAGUGAUCCAAGGACAGGUGUGGGGGUUCGAUGCCAAGAAGAAGCUGCUGCUUCUGAACAGUUUGACUGUGUCUUGUACACUGUCACCCUUCUGCUGCCUCAGCGAACAGCCAACCCCUUCUCCUGACUGUUGGGUUAUUAUCAGAUUUGGAGAUUCCCUGACUCUUCAGUCUGGUCUUUACGAUUGCAGUUUCAAAACACCGCAAGGUCUAUCUCGUCGUAGCUUGUUGUCGUUAAAUCACAUUUAGCCUAGCCUUAGGGUUGGGUGGAACCAGCACCGAAGGUUUUAGCAAUAAGUAAUGUAGGGUUGGGUCACGACAUUGAACUCCUAUUGACUUAUGUAUAUUGAUAUGGAGUACUGGAGACCAAUGGUUCCCACUUUAUUUAUUUUAAGUAACCCAGGAAGGUUACUUACUCAAAGGUUGUAAUAGGAGAAUGGACAAGGUGCAGUUUUGAAAUUGUGUAGUGCGUAAUCAGUUUUCCUCUUGUCAUUGCAUACUUAAUAUGUUGUGAAAUCUGUUUUGUUAAUGUAUUGUAAUGUUAAAAAAAAAGAGUGACUGCUGCCUCCCGAGUGACGCAGUGCGAGAGGUGUCACUACAGACCCGGGUUUGAUCCCGGGCUGUAUCACAACCGCCCGUGCUCGGGAGUCCUGUCAGGCGGUGCACAAUUGGCCCAGCGUCGUCCGGGUUAGGGGAGGGUUUGGCCGGGGCAGCUUGACUUGGCUCAUCGCGCCGCCUUUAUGUGGGCCGGGCGCCUGCAGGCUGACCGCGGUUGUCAGGUGAACAGUGUUUCCUCCGACACAUUGCUGCGGCUGGCUUCCGGGUUAAUCAGGUGAGUGUUAAGAAUAGAGGUCAACCGAUUUUAUGAUACAGAUUAUUGGAGGACCAAAAAAGCCGAUACCGAUUAAUCGGACAAUUUUUUAAAAAUGUAAUUUAUUUGUAGUAAAGACAAUUACAACAAUACUGAAUACUUUAACUUAAUAUAAUACAUCAAUAAAAUCAAUUUAGCAUCAAAUAAAUAAUGCAACGUGUUCAACAUGGUUUAAAUAAUGCAAAAACAAAGUGUUGAAGAAAGUAAAAGUGCAAUAUGUGUUAUGUAAGAAAGCUAACGUUUAAGUUCCUUGCUCAGAACAUGAGAACAUAUGAAAGCUGGUGGUUCCUUUUAACAUGAGUCUUCAAUAUUCCCAGGAACACAACGAUAACAGCCACCCUCGAAGCAGCGUUACCCAUGCAGAGCAAGGGGAACAACCACUCCAAGGCUCAGACCAGUCAGUGAUGGAUUCCAAGCCUCGUCGGCUGCCCUUUACGGUGUCCAGCACCACGUCGUCUUAUUCUUCAUCCUCUUCCCCCUCCUCCCUGGGAUCCAGCAGACUCUAUGGAAGAACCAGUGUCCUGAACAGUGAUCGAUUCACCAGGGCCACACCCCUUAAACCUGACCUCGACCACCAGAGCUCUCGGUUCCUCAGCUCGACCAGAGACUACAGUAGCUCUGACAGCCGCCACUCCAGCUGGAAAUCCCCUCUGACCACCACCUCGGUCUCCUACGAUCGCUCCUGGGCCGAGUCCUCACUGAGCAGCCGCAGCAAACUGACUGAUUCAGAGCGAAGACUGGGGACGUACUCAGGACUUCUCAGCAACACAACUGAUGAUGGGGUUUCCAAACGGGUCAAACUGUCCUAUACCAACAGAGCUGCAUAUACAAGAAGCCCCUCCUCCUCUGUGACUGGCUCCUCCUACUCCAGCAGUAUCCUCAGAGACUCUGAUUCGUCGUCGUGGAAGUCGUACCGGCCACUGUCCAGGUUGUCGUCUUCUUCCUCCUCAGAGCCCCAGUGGUCCAGAAGGGAGCUGGAGAAGAGGACUGAGGGGAGGAGUCUGUCUAGUGAGGCUGACACCAGCUAUAGGAGCACUGGACUCAGCUCAUCCCUGUACCGGCCAGACCGUGUGACCUCCACCUAUGCCCAGGGUGCUCGGCCCAAGGAGACCCUCUACUCUUCCUCUAGCAGGGAGAGCAGCUCCCUCAGCCGCCACCUCUCUUCCACUUACCAGCGCUUCCCACUGGCCAGGGACUCCACCACCUCCCGGACCACCGGCCACUCCCUGACCACCUCUACCCUCCGCACCACCAAGGAACCCACUGAGAGCCCAGCGCUCACUCUCGGAGCCUCUGUCUCCUCUCGCCCCUCAUCUUGGUACACAACCCCCUCAGCAAGACGGGAGGCUCGGGACUCCAGCCCCCCUCCCUCCGCGCCAACCACCACCCCCGGGACAACCCCAGAGGGUGGCGAGGAAUCCGAUGGACGUCGCUCCACCCGCCGUCUCCUCUCCCGCCUCUUCUCUCGGCGCUCCAGCCAGGACUCCAGUAGCUCCAGCUCCACCUCCCGCUCCUUCGACUCGGCCGAGGACAGCCCUGUCGUUGAAGGCCCCAGCCACACACCCGUGGCUACCAGCGAGGAGAGCGUCCGGCCCGUGAGCGUGGAACCCGUUCCCAGAGGCUCUGACGCGGCUCAGGCCUUUGCCUUCUUGAGGCGUCGCAGACAGGGCCUGUCCCCGGUCCAGGAGGGUCAGACCCAGCGUGGCCUGGAGGCCUGGAGAGGGGGCAGCACCAGUGGUGUUGGAAGUAGUACUUCAGAUUCCUCCUGGCUGUCGUCUUCCAUCCAGACCCGCUGCACUCCUCUCCUCUCCCGCCGUAGAAGAGAAGGACGGGAUGAAAGCGCUCUCCUGGCAUCCGGCGCCGACGAGGAUUACCGUGGUACCCAGUUCCCCCUCAGGAGGAGAGACUCCUCCGAGGCCGAGGAUGAUGAGGAGGAAGACGAAGAGGAAGUUGCAGCAGCAGCCUCGGGGGCGAUGGGCGCUAGCGUGGCCCUACAGGAGGAGUCGAGAGACAUGGCGGGGAGUAGUCAGCGUUUGGCGAGGUUCAUGAGCAGCCCGCUGUUCCGCGUCCACGACAACGUGAUGAUCGCCGUGGACAUGACGGGCGCCGCCAGGAGCCAACCGGAGGGCCAGGAGAAGCCCACCUCCUCCAGAGACCCUGAGAGACUGAGGAAGAUCCAGGAGAGCCUGCUGUUAGAGGACUCUGACGAGGAGGAAGGGGACCUGUGUCGUAUUUGCCAAAUGGGUGAGGAGUCUCCCUCCAACCCUCUGAUCGAGCCCUGCCGCUGCACAGGCAGCCUGCAGUAUGUUCACCAGGACUGCAUCAAGAAGUGGCUGCGUUCCAAAAUCAGCUCUGGCACGAAUCUGGAUGCCAUCACCACAUGUGAGCUGUGCAAAGAAAAGCUGCACCUGAACAUUGACAACUUUGACAUCAACGAGCUACACAGGACACAUGAGAAGUCUGAGUACGAGUUCAUCAGCUGUGGCCUUUACCUGGUGGUGUUGCUUCACCUGUGUGAGCAGAGGUUCUCUGAUGUGCUAGGAGCUGCCAACGACGCCGGGUUUUUCAACCUGGCGAGGACCCUUCACGAACACAUGGACAAUCUUGAAAGCUCUUACGGGGAAUCAGACGAAGAGGUGGUUGAUACCCGGCCGUCAAUCGAUUUCUGUGACCUCGAUGAAGACCUGGAAGAGGAGUACAAUUGACCGAAGGGGAUAAGGAAAAAUAGAUGGGGGGGGGGGAAGAAUUGAAGGAGUUUCCAGCUAGUAGCAACCCAUUCUGUUUCACCUCGUGUGAUUUUACUGAGUGCAAAGGCUUGUGAGAUUUUCUUUAAAGCCAAUGCCAAGUAGAUGGGAAGUCACUCGUGACGUAGAGGUGACGAUGUCAUAGAUAUGCAGACUGACUUUGAAGUGGACCGAGGUGAAGAAAUGCUUUAUACCCCCCCCCCUGUUAAUUUCCCCUUCCUUUAGGUGUCCAGAUUUGAGCUUUAUUCUGUUAAAUGCAAGAUGUCUUUUUGAACUGAUACCACGAGUGCUUUAAAUAUUUCCUGUUCUACAACAGCAGAUCCGGCCACCGUGGUGAUAUGUUGUGUCAAAAGCAGAUCCGGCCACCGUGGUGAUAUGUUGUGUCAAAAGCAGAUCCGGCCACCGUGGUGAUAUGUUGUGUCAAAAGCAGAUCCGGCCACCGUGGUGAUAUGUUGUGUCAAAAGAAAUUGAAAAAGCUCCCGAACAACACUGGUUCAUUAGUUUAGCAGGUUGGGAGAAAGGAAAGGGCUCUGUUAAGGGAAGAAUAUCAAAAAGUGGCAAAUUAUUCCCUUUACUGUUUACAGCUCAAUAAUUGACAGUUUGUUCUGUUUUUGUCUGUUUUCAAUGUUUGCGGUAUGAAAAUGCUAUUUUGCUUGGCUCUGAAACUUGUUUUCAUUUAAUUAUUGCAAUAAAGUUUUGAAUGUA